UGUUCUCUCUGCUUGUCUACUACGUUCCAAGGAUCAGUUUGUCAAGGAUACAGAGUGAGCGUUGAUGCGGGUCAACCGCGAACAAUCGUGCAUUUAUAUGAUCUUGACAGUCAGAUAAGUGAGUUUGUCCCUCCCAUGACUGCCAACGCACCGUUGGAUGACGUCAAUUCUCCUCGCGGCAGCAGGUGAGAGUCAAAGCAUCGCGUCUCCCCUUAAAGAGAACGAGUGUCGGAUCGUAGUCAUGGGAAAGCUACAAGAAUUUGACAUCACGUUCGCCAACAACAAAGUGGUUUACAGUCCCGGAGAGUCGAUCGGCGGAGCUGUCAAAAUUCGAAUCAGCAACUCGCUGCAGUACAAAGCCAUCAAGGUGACCUGUCAGGGCUCGUGCGGGAUCUCCAACAAAGUGAACGACACCUCGUGGACUAUUGAGGAGCAGUACUUCAACAGCACUUUGUCUGUUGCUGACAAAGGAAGUCUGACAGCAGGCGAACACAAUUUCCCUUUCCAGUUUCUCAUCCCAGCCGCAGCGCCAACUUCUUUCGAAGGACCGUUUGGAAAGAUUAUUUACCGUGUGAAGGCUGCCAUUGACACGCCACGCUUUGCCAAGGACUACAAAGCCCAGAGGCCCUUCUACCUCCUCAACCUGCUCAACCUCAAUGAGGUGCCGAACAUUGACCACCUGAGCUACGCUGUGACCACGAAGAAAUUUAACUACCUUCUGGUGAAGUCCGGGACCCUUAUGUUGAAAGCUCGCAGUGACCUCAGAGGCUAUAUCCCCGGUCAGGUGAUCAAGUUAGCCGCUGAGAUCCACAACAAGUCCGGAAAAGACACGGGAUGUGUACUGGCGAGUCUCAUACAGAAAGUGACUUAUAAGACCAAGCGGCACGUGUUUGACCUGCGAACCAUCGCGGAGGUGGAGGGAGCCGGCGUGAAGGCAGGAAAACACGCAGAGUGGAGAGAACAGAUCAUUGUCCCGCCUCUUCCUCAGUCGGCGCUAACGGGCUGCAGCCUCAUUGACGUUGACUAUUUCAUUCAGGUAGCACUCAAAUCUCCGGAUGCGGUUGUCACCCUGCCCAUCUACAUCGGCAACAUCGCGGUGAACUUGUCGCCGAUAAGGACUGCACCUUCUAGUCCAGAUCAUUGCGGCUUGGCAGACGACCCCCACGCAGCAGGGGUGACACCCAGCGCCCCACCGGCUGAGGACGAUGAAGAGCUGUGCGCCGGCGUUGCCGCCAGCGAAGAGAUCCCCACCAAGAGUCAUUCUCAGCAAGAUCCCUCCGGUCAACCCGUCACCAUGUCCCCGAGCGCUUUUAGCCACGCCCCCAGUUCAGUGCCGCUACCCGGCCGCAGGCAGCCCAACGCUUCUGCCCCCUUGUUCUGUGUCUCAACCGGAACCACCAUACCUUUCUUCACCGACGGAAACCCCACACCUGUGCCCACUUCCUCUUCUCUCAUCUUGCCUCCGGAGUACAGCAGUUGGGACUAUCCCCAUGAACCUCCACCCAGUUACGAAGAAAGCUGCAGUAGCACCAACUUCAAUUUAACCAGCGGACGAUAGAAAAAGCAGCGGACAAAGAACCGCCCACAGCUCGGCUUCAUGGAAAUUCACUGUGAAAACGGGACCAACUCCAAAUCACCAAAGAUGUCCUCUACAAAUAAAAAGGGAUGGUGUCUGAUUGUAAAUAGAAUAUGUCCCAUGAAAAGGCCUCAUCUUACACCCACAAAGGAAUUUGUCCUGGAUACGGACGAAGUGCUGACAAUGGAUUAUGUUCAUAGCCCCAAUUGCGGAGAUAAUCACAACAUCAGAAGGACAAAUAAUUUGACCUACUGCAGAUUAUAUGGCAGACUUGGACUAAGCCGCAGUGGAUGAGCCUGACACGGAUGACGCUAGAGGAGACCUGCCCUCAUCGCUGGCGGAUGAGCAUGGAAAUGAGCUCCAAGACAGAAAGGCCAGCUGAGGAUGGCGUUCAACCGGAAGCCGCAAAAAAGGCUUUGAACACCGCUUCUCUUUCUGACAAAUGCUGUGUGCCUUGGGUGGUGCUGUGAGCGUAUGUUGCCCUCGGGCAAGUAUUAUUAGCCAUUUCUUUGUCUGUGUUCUAGGCCAGGGCAAAUUGUAGCAGAACGGCCGAACACGCGGUCUGUGGUGCAAAGGAGUAAAAAUACGGAAAGAAAACGAGCAGACGGAAGAUGGCUGCUCUAGAGACCUGUGCUAAAUAACGUGCAUCCCAUACUGCAAGUCAGAUGUGAGCAAUUCAUUUUUUGAAGGAGCCAUGCAACUCAAUUACGUUCAAUAAAAAAAACACGUCUUUUUAUUCACGCAUCCAUUUUCUGUCCUUGGAUCAUCUUUUGCAUUUGUAAUAUUCACGCAUGAAACCUGUUUCCUGUGCAUGGUGGCAGGACGUAGCCUUAAAGAUAUGGUGACAAGUUUGUUUUCACUUCCAUAAGUUUGUUUUCAUUUCCAUUUAUUUAUCUUGUCAUCACUCUGACAGCAUGACAUGCAGCAAUGUCAUUUCUGCCAUGACGCCAAUUUUCGUGAACUUGUUUCACAUGGACUUUGGGAGAGAGAGCUGCAGACCUGCUCAUCUGAAUGUAUCGACUGCAUUGUUAUUUUUAUUUACAAUUUCGUCAAGUGUGAAUUCAGACACAAAUCCCAGUUUUAUUUUAUGAUUUUAGCAGGUAUUGUUGCCAUCUGCAAGUGCUCUACUCUUCUGGGUCUCGUCAUACACUGUUGGAGCAUUUAAUGGUGUUACUUGCUCUCCAUCAGGGAGUAGGUCAAGAGCUGCUUCUGUAGCUUAUAUGUGGACUAUGACAAACACACUUCAUGUAUACCAUUGUUGCUUUAAAGGUGCAAAGCAGAAACAACAGACUUACACCUGCUGGAAUUACUGCAGAAAAUGUGUGCAAUUCUCACCAUUGCCAAGAGGAGCAUCAGUUUGUUCAUCUGAAAGGAUUUUGCAUUGUCUGCAACAUCCUUGGUUCUCCCUUUUUUUGGGCCAAAGAGUACAGUAUCUUAAUGAUUAAGCCCCGCCACAAAAUCCCUUUUCUCAGUUUUUAUACUCAUUCUUUCUCACAUUUUGAGAAGUGGUAUCUGAGUUUGUUUAUACGAUACUUGUUUACAGGUGCAGUAUGGAGAUACCAAUACAGGAGUAGCACCUUAAAUGUAAUAUGUCAACUGUGUACAAUAGAACAAUAAAGUAAUAUGACUUGCUUGGUCAA